GUUGAUGACGUAUUUUGCAUCGCAAACCAUCUGCACAUUGAUCGAGUGCCGAAACUUUCGAUUGACGUAGAUUGCUUCAUUCUCACCGAGGACUGCCUACUGUAUGUGCGUGCAAUCACACGAUCAGCCUCAGCUCCGGCAGCAUCAGUAUGAGUUCAGGAUUCUCAUCUAAAGUUCCCGAUUGCGUGGUCCAGACAUGCUACGAGUAUGAAGGCGUCAUCUUACCCAACAUAAUGCGCAAGGAUGUAAUAGAACGCGUCAGGAACUUUGAGUGUCGACCUGAUGAUCUCUUCAUAGUAACCUAUCCCAAGGCAGGUACAACUUGGAUGGAGCAACUUUGUAUGCUAAUUAAACAUGACGGUGAUGCCAGCCAGUUAGGAGGCGUCCAUCUUGUGUUGAUGGUUCCAUUUCUUGAGAUGUUACAGGACCGUAAUAACAUUUCCACGUCACGAGCAUUUGUUGAUUUGCCCGAGAAGAUGCCAUCUCCAAGGACGCUCAAAUCUCACUGUCAUCCACCCUUCUUACCCCUGGAUAUCCGAACCGAUGAUCCGAAAGCAAAGGUUAUUUACGUGGCCCGAAACCCAAAGGAUACGGCUGUCUCCUACUACCAUUUCUGCCAUUAUACGCCGGUUCUUCCAAAAUAUGAAUCUUGGGAUGUUUUUUUUGAGGAGUUCUUAGCUAAUAGGGCUCCUCAUGGAUCUUGGUUUGAAAACGUGUUACCAUGGUGGAAGAGAAGAAAUCAUCCUAAUGUUCUCUUUCUCAAGUACGAAGAUAUGAAGAAGGAUCUUACAGGAGCCAUACAACAGAUAGCCGAAUUCAUGGGGAAGACCCUUUCCGAUGACGUCAUAGAUAAAAUCGCAGAAGCUUCGACGUUUAAAGCAAUGAAAAACAAUCCUUCAUCAAACCCAGAUACUAUUCUAAUGAAGGAUAUAGAACAGGCUGGAAUGGAGAAACCAAAAGACAAAUCAUUUAUGAGGAAAGGUGUGGUAGGAGACUGGAAGAAUUAUUUCACUGAUGACCAAAAUAAACGAUUUGAUGAACUGUACAAGAAACAAAUGGCGGACUCUGGACUUGAAUUCGAAUUUUAGGAUUGCUCUUAGGAAAACAUUUCAAUCAGUUCCAUAUUCAACAUGAAUGAUAGAGCAUAUUGAAAUAUUAUUGUGGUUUUUAUUGAAUAAAAAUAGCUGCAUGUUGAUAGGCAUUAUGUAUUUUCCAUAACAGUACUUUUCCCCCCUUCUAAUUAAACACAUUAUAUAUAUAUAUAUAUUGUGAAAGAAAUGAAUAUAGGGAAUAAUGGUAGGCAUAGCUCGAUUAUUUUUUUCACAACAUAUUUGAAUUAAAAUAGUUCCGAAAGCUUAUAUACAUAUAUAAUGUCUCACAUGUUAUGAUAAUAUCAUGUGUAUAUUUUAUAUCGGUAUACAGUGCGUCCCACAAAAAACGAAACCGAGAUUUAUCGAUGAUUUAUCAUAAUUUAAUCACAAAUACAAUAGGAAAAUGACUUACCAUUGUAAAGCUUAGAAUCUCCUCUUUCAUCUGAAAUUAAUUUCUCAUUCACACAUGGGUAAGCAAAAACAAUUUGAAGAGGGGAUACCAAAAAGUCAUUUGGCGGGCUGUAUCUGGGUUUCAAAAAAGAAAACCGCAUUUUUACAAAGUUCAAUAUCUGCUCUUUGAUUUGAUACCUCAAUUACAGAAAAUGGUCAAGAAAAAACAAAGUUCUGACUAUUUGAAAUAAGGCUUGAAUUUCAUAAAAUUAAGAGGUUUUACAGGCAAGCGUUCAAACUCACUCGACACUCCGUUUUGUUGACGAUCGGCAAUGCAUUAAGUCUUUUAUUAACCAUGCGAUAGCUUCUGUGGGAAACCGGUGAAAACACGUUUAUUUAAUGAAAUUAUGGAAAUACAAGCGUUGUUUCGAGGGAAGAUAACUUUUUUACUUCUUGACCAUCUUUUGUGAUUUAGGUAUCAAAUAAAAGAGCAGAUAUUGAACCUUUUAGGCAUGUGAUUUUCUUUUUGAAAUUCAGACACCCCCGCCAAAUAAGAUUUUGGUAUCCUUUCUUCAAAUUGUUUUUGCUCAUUCGUGCAUGAAUGAGGAAUAAUCUAAGUAAUAUCAGAUGAAAGAGGAGGCUUUAAGCUUUACAUUGGUAGGUCAUUUGUCUAUCAUAUUUGUGAUUAAGUUAUGAUAAAUCAUCGAUUAAUCUCGGUUUCGUUUUUUCUGGGACGCACUGUAUAUCGGUUUUGUGAAUAUGAUUUCUAAUAUAACAACUAUGACUAAAGACAGUAAUAUCGGAUUAAAAAAAGUAGUUUGACAGUGUGUAAUUUGAGUCGUGCAGAAAAAUCUUGUAUUUUAAUAUUGGUAAAAUUGGUAAAUAUUUUUUUCUAAUGUUAAGAUUCAUGGCCUUCUGUGUAUUAAUUGGGUUAAUGAGACAUGUUCAAGAGGUAUGUACAUAAUUUCAAAAUGCUCCGCUACCAUUGUCAAUAGAUCAAUAUGAUUCGGCUCGCGGCUUUGCGCUCGCAUUAUUCAUUUAAUGAGCCCUUAAACAUGUUAAAAUGUCAACUUAGCAGGUGAAUAUAUUAAGAGAUUUUAGCUCACGCUUCACGCUUGCUUUAUUUCUUUUACAAGAUAUGCCACAGGACAAUGUUACAUGUUUACUAUUACAAAAUAUGCCUAAAAAAGUGCAUCCUUCUUGGGUCAAAAGCUCAAAUCUAGUGAGAUUCGUAUCAUGUUCAUGAAUCUCACAUUAUUUCUUCCGACGGGCCUGCGUCGAAAUAUGGGAAAUUUCAAUACCUACAACAAACUAAAAUGAGCCAUGGGUCAUUCAGUCAUGGGAUGUUUUAAAUGAAGUGAGUUGUCUCACUCUUGAUAAACUGUUCUGGAAGACAGCAUGCUGCCUAAUGUAUAAAUACAUUUACAAAGAAUCCCUGA